GUUGUUGCGAUCUCCCAUUUGAUGAACCACUAGGGUUGGGCGCUGAAAAUAAGGCAAAUCAUACUCAAAACUAUGUGUAUGUUAGGAGUGCACCAAACCAGUCAGAUUUCUCAUGUCCAUUCACCAUGCAGCUCAUCUUAAAUUGUCCCCUCUCUCAUCUUAUUUCUGUGAUGCACCAUCGAUGCAGUGCAUCUGGUUUAGGAUAUAAUUUCUUCAACGAUGUUCUAAGAGAAAUUAUAUCAUCGAUGCAGUGCAUGCAUGCUUGGCCACGUCCGCGUAAGUUAAAAGGAAAAAGGGAAUCAAGCGCUCCAUCCACUUGCCCAUGAAAAAACUCUAGCCGCUCCGCCAAAGGACUAACAUAAACAUAACCACCAAAACUAGCAAUAAAUAAAUAAUCAAUGAACAAAUAUGAAUUAUAUGAGACAAUUUUGCAGGUCGAUUUUGAAGCGCCCGCGCCUCCUCCAAUCAAGGAAGGUGGCAACUGCUCGGGCAAAGCCCCACCACAAGUAGCAACCCACCAAGAAGAACGGUCUUCUCGCCUGCAUGGAAGUCACACGUGUAAAGAGAGCUCAAGCUACGUGUCAUCUCAUGGUGUGAUGUGAUGACGAUAGGUGGCACUCUCACGCAGCUCUCCACUCUCAGCCGCAUGCAUACGUGCCUGGGGAGCUCCCUCUAUAAGAGAACCAACAUGUCGAGCCCAGCCAAUCUCCAGCCCUUGGGCGAGGAGAAAAAGAGGAAGAAGAAAGGAUGGCACAAACACACCAGCUCCCGGCGCAAGGACAAGCGGAUCACCAGGGCUUCAAGCUGUUGAGCGGCCGCACCAUCCCCCGGGUGGGGCUUGGCACCUGGAAGUCUGGUUCCAAGGCCUCCGACGCCGUCUCCACCGCCAUCAUCGAGGCAGGUUAUAGACAUGUGGAUACAGCAUCACAAUAUGGAAUUGAGAAAGAGGUGGGACAAGGCCUCAGAGCUGCGAUGAAGGCAGGGAUAGAAAGAAAAGACCUGUUCAUUACAUCCAAGCUAUGGUAUGAAUUCAUCACAACUCUGCUCUCUUCUUUUCUCCUAUUCAAAAAAGGAAAAAGGGCAGUAAGCUUUGCACUGUGCAGGUGCACGGAUUUGUCUGCUGACAGGGUCCGAGUCGCAUUGAAGAAUACACUCCAGGAUCUGCAACUUGAUUACCUGGAUCUUUACCUGAUCCACUGGCCCUUUCGCUUGAAAGGAGGAGCACAUAAGCCACCAGAAGCAGGAGAAGUACUAGACUUCGACAUGGAAGGAGUGUGGAGAGAAAUGGAACAGCUGGUGAAAGAUGGACUUGUUAGGGAUAUUGGUGUCUGCAACUUCACACUCAAGAAGCUGGACAAGUUACUCCAAAUUGCACAGACGAAGCCUUCAGUGUGCCAGAUGGAGAUGCACCCUGGUUGGAGGAAUGAUAAGAUGUUGGAAGCUUGUAAGAAGAACGGGAUCCAAGUCACUGCUUACUCUCCGCUUGGAUCUCAGGAUCAUGGGCGUGAUCUUAUCCAUGAUCUAACCGUUACAAAGGUAGCAAACAAGCUAAACAAGACCCAGGGGCAAAUCCUGGUGAAAUGGGCACUUCAGAGGGGGACCAGUGUCAUACCGAAAUCGACAAAUGCUGAAAGAAUAGGGGAAAACAUGCAGGUUUUUGGGUUUGAAAUCCCUGAAGAGGACUUUCGGGCUUUGAGCAGCAUCAGGGAUCAGAGGAGGGUCGUGGAUGGAGAAGAUCUAUUUGUGAACAAGAGCCAUGGCCCAUACAGGAGUACAGCUGACCUGUGGGACAAUGAGGACUAGCUUGCUUUGUUGGGUUUCCUCAGUCUGAACCUUAAGAAUAAAAUGCAUUAGUAUAGUGUUAUUGUAUAACAUUUGCUUUAUGUUGUGUUGUUUAUUUCGUGCUUCAGCUGACCUGUGGGACAAUGACGAGUUUUCCUCAGUCUGAACCUCAAGAAUAAAAUGCAUUAGUGUAGUGUUAUUGUAUAACAUUUGUUUUAUGUAGUGUUGUUUAUUUCGUGCUUCGAUA